GCCCUGAGCUUCCUGAUCAUCUCGCUUCACCUCUUUGAGGAUGUCUCAGUGAUCUCUUCAACGCACCAAUUUGAGGUUUCGUUCCCUCAAAUGAACUUUGACAAAUGCCACGAUGGUGACUUUGACUGCGACGACGUGGGCAACAAGAGCGUCUUACAAAGGCAGCGGGCGGAUGCGCAGCUCUACUGCAGUGAUUCUACGCUCAAGGACUUAUCUCGCAACAUGUCACACUACUUUUUUGACGACUCGGAGACACACAAGUACAGCAAGACUCGAUGGAAAGCUGAGCCAAAUCUACAGCCAAAGUGCAAGCAGUUUGACAAACACGGCAUCUUCCACGAGGAUGGCCCAGCACCCUUGCUGAUGACGGCCCGCACCAUCAUCAAUCAGACGCGCUGUGGGAGCGAACUGCAGAUACCCGAUUGCAUUUGGGAGAACACGGAUGCAAAAGUUGAGAUUGUUUAUGACAUCGAGCGCUUUCUGGUGAAGCUUCGGCACAAUGUCGUCCUGGGCAACGGUGAGCAGAUAGAGAGUAAAGACGCAACAGGAUUCCUGAAGUUUCCAGAUGAUCCAGAGCAGCUUCGAGUCAUCAAGUGCGAUCCAGGCAAGGAGAAAUGCGAUUAUUCAUUGCCGAGCCAUGCGGAUUACCCAGCAUGUGGCAGCACAUCUUCAGAUGCAGAAUCUCCUUGCUUCACCACCGGCUUCGCGGAUUUCAUCUCCUUGAAAACACUGCUCCGCGCAGCGAACACCUCCCUGGAUGAAAUCAUCGCUGACUUGCCACGGCGAUGGUGGGGGACCUACUUGCAAGUGGACAUCCAAUAUGCCAAUGACGACCUCCGCGACUAUUGGCUGGGAUCUUUCCCAUCAUUGCAGUUGCGGCAAAGGUAUGUCUACUCUGUGCGGAAGCUGACAGAUUACGUCUGGAAUGCCGAGACGCAGAAAACGUCCCAAUCUGAGCGAAGGUUGAUCCGUCAUGCUGGAAUCCGUAUCAUGGUUGCUAUCCAUGGAAGCUGGAAGCACUGGAACUGGCUGAAUGUCCUGCGCACGUUAGCAAUCUUCGGAGUGUUGUGGAAGAUCACCGUGGUCUUGGUGGACAUUCUCACUUUGAAAGUGUAUGGGCAGCUGCCGGGUUUGAGGCAUCUACCCCACCUGAGGCAUUACUACAGCGUGACAGAGACACCGCACCACGACCAUGUGAAAACGUUGAGCCACGAGGAGUUGGAACGGGAGAAGAAACAGUACCGUCAGCAAAAGUUGAAACAGAUCAUCAGGGAAGAGGAAGAGGACGAAGCGCGGUGA